AUGGACAAGAGGGAUAAGGUCAAGGCAGGAGCUGCCCCGCGGAUGCCAGUUUCACGACCUCCUGGCCUUCUGACCCCUAGGCCUCUUCCUGGAUCCCCUCGACCUCCUCCCCCUGUAACCACCGCUGCCCUUCGUGUCCUGGAAGCAAAUGGAGUUGUGGGGCGAAGGCCCCCGGUGGAGCGAGCCGCGGGCGUCGGCAAAACAGCUCUCCCACAGACAGCUGUGCAGGGGGCACCAGCGCGCAGCAGCGUUGGGGCAGGUCCUCGCAGCCCAGCCUCCAGGCCCCCUGCUUCUGGGAAAGGAGAGAAGGCUCCUGUGAAGGUCUCCAGCCAGGGUUCUAUUUCUAGCCCCGGGCGUGCCAGCAGUGGGAUCACCAGACCAAGCCCUGCUGUCCAGAAGGGACCCCAACCCCCGACUAAGGAGCCUGUGGUCAGAGGUAAAGCGUCAGAGGCACCCAAAAGGAACACUCUGAGCUCUGGAACACGAAGAGUUUUGUCUGCAGAUUCUUUAGGGCCCACCUCAGGAACCUCUUCCCCUGCCAUCCCUCGUCGGUCCAGACCUGCGGCUACAGAGGUGGGAAUUCCUCGACCAGUUCCCACUGCCCGGCAGCGUCCCCUGACCACCGAGGCACCCAGGAAACCUGUGAGCAGCGCUGCAGAGCGCAGUGUCCCGGAGCUGAGCCCAGCCUUGAAGAGGCGCUCUGCCGCUAGUGGCAGCCUGCAGAAGCCGGCCUCCCGUUCCCUGAACUCCAAUGCUACUCCUCAGCUCUCCCCAGCUCGCUCUGGGGUCUCUCCGCGUGCCACCCCCCGGGCUCCUGCGCACACCUCGCAGCUCAAGUCGAAAGGGCAGCAAGCUCUGCGCCCACCCCAGACCACAGUCCCGAGGAAGGACAGAACCUCUGAACAGAGCCUGCUUUCUGCUUCAUCUUUAGUCACGCCCGCUCCACCUGGAGCCUCCACACCUCAGGCUGCCUCGGUCCAGGUCCCAGAGGAUCAGCUGAAGGCCGCGCUCCCUCCCUCUCCACCCGCCACCCCCCCUCUACCCGCUGCUCUUUCACUCCAGGCCCAGUCCUCUGCACAGGCAACACCCGAAUCACAGGCCAUAAACUGCCCACCAGCAACUCCCCCGCUUUCUCUGCAGAACCUCCCCUCCCCACCAGCCACGCCCCCUUUGCAAGCUCCACCCACAAGCCUGGGUCCUGAAGAGGCCUCUGACUCACCCCCACCAAUGGCCGUGAUCUCUCCAUCGCUUUCAUCUCCUGUCCAGAGUGUGCCCUGCAACCAGGCUUCUUCAGCUUCGCCCCCUCCGGAGACACUCUCGGCCACUCCUUUCUCACCUGCGCCUCCACCUCUAGCCACGCCUCCUCCACCAGUCCUUCCUUCACCGCCAGUUUCUCCGCAGAAUCAGCCUACGCCCCUGGUCACACCCUCUCCGUCCACUCGGUCCGCUCUAACUACGCCCCCUUUGCCGGCCAACUUUUCUGGGUCUCCUCUCCUCCAGGACACGCCCUCUAAUCGAACCACGCCGCCUUUGCAAGACACUCUAUUUCAGGCCAUUUCUCCUCCAGUUUCUCCCUCUCCUUCCUCCUCCCCACCUCUGUAUGUCCCUCCCUCUCCCGUGGUCACGCCUCCUCUGAGGCUCCCAGCACCUCUGAUGUUGCCCACUUCACAGGCUUCUUUGUUGACCUCGACACCCUCCCGGGCCUCGUCGCCCCAGCAGGCCACGCCUGCUCCUCUGGCUGUGUCGCCGCUAUCGUCCCCACUGCCUUUGGGCUCACCCCCUCUGCAGGCCCCGCUCUCUGUCAUGCCCACAUCCCCUGUGCAGGCACACUCUCUACCCUCGCCUCCCUUGCAGGCACCUUCUCUGGCUACAUAUCCUUCGCCUCUUCCCUCGUCUCCGGCCUCGCCUCCUCUGCCAGCUCUUCUCUCCCCUCCUGCCUCACCUCCUCUAGAGCGCCCUCUUUCUCCUUCACCCUCACCUCCGGCUCCUUUGGCAACGCCCCCACCAGAAGCCCCACCUUCACUGGAUUCACCCACUCCUCUGACUUCGCCCCCUCCGCAGGACCCCUCUUCUCCGGCUUUGCCCUCUCUGCAAGCUCCCUCCUCCCCACCGGCCACGGCGCCACCUUCCCUACAGGUUCCCCUCUUGGCUUUGCCUCCUCUCCAGACCCCGCCCUCUCCCCUGGCCACGCCCCCUCUGGGCCUGACCUCGCCCCUUGUUCAGCCUCCUUCUCCUCCUGCCUCACCCCCACUGCAAGCCCCUCGUCGACCCCCGACUCCAGGUCCAGAUGUCCCGAUCUCAAGUCCACGGCUGACCCUGUCGCUGGCCCCUGCCCCGCCACCGCCACCCUCGCGAAGCCCGUCCAGUACGCUGAGUGGCCCGGACCUGGCAGGCCACAGCAGCAGCGCCACGAGCACGCCGGAGGAGCUCCGUGGCUACGACAGCGGGCCAGAGGGCUGCGCCACAGUCUCCCCGGCCGCAGACGCGGAGCUAGCGGCCUGCCACCCGGCCUCCUGGAGUCGAGGUCCUCCACCGUUGACAGUGCGCGGCGCUCCAGGAGUUCCCCUGCCGUGGCCUCCCGCUGCCUGCGCGGGCUCCUCUGACGGCCUGUGCACCAUCUACGAAGCUGAAGGACCAGAGUCGGUGGCCCCUACCCCUGGAUCCCUAGAGGCGGAACCGGAGCCGGAGUCGAGGCCGGGCUCUGGCAGUGGGAAAGCGAAUGCUGCAGCGGGCUCAGGAGCAUCCUCGAGAAGCCCAAAGUCGGCUCGUCUUGGCGAGCUGCCGCUAGGGGCGCUGCAGGCGAGCGUCGUACAGCACCUGCUGAGCCGGACGCUGUUGCUAGCCGCAGCCGAGGGUGCAGCUGCCGGCAGUGAAGGAGGUUCAGGAGGCCCAGGGGGUGAUGGUGUCCCGGGGGGAUCCCGGGCUCCGCUUAGCGAUGCCGAAUUGGGCCGCUGGGCCGAAUUGCUGUCUCCCUUGGACGAGUCGCGUGCCAGCAUUACUUCAGUCACCAGCUUCUCCCCGGACGACGUGGCCUCCCCACAGGGUGAUUGGACUGUAGUGGAAGUGGAGACUUUUCAUUGA